AAUUGGGGUCUUUAUCACAAAGCCUGCUUAUAUCAUACAUUACCCAAAUGCCAAUAACCUGAAAAACAUCCCUGGUGUAUCUUCAUUUGGGUGUUUUAGAUUUGUGUCUGGUGACAGAUGGGAUUAUUUUGGUUCUAUGUUUCAAGCCACAAGCUACAAUCUUGGUGAGUUUUCCUCUCUCUUUCCUGGAAAACAUGGAUUGGAUUUUCUUUGAAACCAAACAACAAAGCUUCCUUUCUCCAUCACAACAACCAUAUUUUCUCUCUGAUCUAUCUCCCCCUCCUCCUCAAGUUUCCAAUCUCCAAUCUGGUUUCAGUUUGAACAACAAGGUAAGUCCAAGCAUAUUACUCAUCAUUGUAAUUCUUGCCAUUAUCUUCUUUGUGUCUGGUUUGCUUCACCUCCUUGUUAGAUUUCUACUGAGACCUCCGGUGAGAGACCCUGAUGAUUUGGACAAUGUGACUGCUCUUCAAGGUCAGUUGCAACAACUCUUCCAUCUUCACGACGCCGGUGUCGAUCAGUCUUUCAUAGACACGCUCCCUAUCUUCAACUACAAAGCCAUUAUCGGAGUAAAAGACCCUUUUGAUUGCGCCGUGUGUUUGUGUGAAUUCGAGGGUGAAGAUAAGCUGAGAUUGUUGCCCAAAUGUAGUCAUGCCUUUCACAUGGAGUGUAUAGAUACAUGGCUAUUGUCUCACUCCACUUGCCCUCUUUGUAGAGCUAGUUUGCUCCCUGAUUUCUCUCCCAACAAUAGUUGUUCACCAAUAGUCCUUGUUCUUGAAUCCGGGAGUGAGAGCUCCAGAGAGAUUGUCUCCGACAGAGAUGGUGGUGGUGGUCUGGGCAGUACCAAUUUAUCAGCAAGAGCAAAUUCCCAUCUGGGAUUUCAUUGUGAGGAAGAUUUUGGAUCGACCCGGUUCGAUAUUUCGCAUAAAUCUUGUGAAAUUCAGGUGAAGGAUGAUCCAAAUCAAGAAAAAAUGGUGGGUGCAGAGGAAAAAGUUGUGCCUAUUAAGCUUGGAAAGUUUCGGAAUGUUGAUGGUGGUGGCGGUGGUGGUGGUGGAGGUGAAGGUAGUAGUACUAACAACAGUGUUGAUGCAAGAAGGUGCUUCUCUAUGGGGUCAUUUCAAUAUGUGAUGGAUGAGAAUUCAUCAUUGCAAGUACCCAUUAGGACUCCAUUGAAGAAACAGUCAAGCAAGAAGCCUAAUCUGCCGCCAUUAAACCCCGGUCACAGGACGGCCAUUUCUGAAUAUGACUGUGAAUCAAGAAGAGAUUUCAAUGGUUUUGAGCCAUUCAAAAGUGUUGAAAUUCAUGGUGGUAGCAGCAUUAGUAAUGGCAAUGACAAUGGGAACGGGAAAUCUUUUGGGAGGAGCAAAAGGGAGAGCUUUUCAGUGUCGAAGAUUUGGCUAAGGGGGAACAAGAACAAGGCUAAUUCCACUCCGGUGGAGUCGUCCAGGAGGGCUUUUUCGUUCCGGUUUCCGGUGCACCGGGAUAUAUUCGCCGGCGACGAGUGGAAGGCCAAGAAUUGUGGGAGUGAUGCAAGGAAGGCCAAGUCUGAGAUUGGGACAGAUAAUUGGAAUUAUGGAGGAGGGAGUGAAUUUGGUUGUGAUGAGGAAAUUCAGAGCUGCAAUAGUUUGGAAUCUCAAGCAAAAACACCAUCUUUUGCUAGGAGGACUCUGCUUUGGCUUGUGGGAAGACAAAACAAGGUGGUUCACUCAUCUUUCUCACCCAAUGUGUAAUUUUUUUUUUUUAAUUAUUUUAAGUUCUUGCUUUACUAGAUACUUUUUCAGUUUGAUUUCUUUAUUCUGGAAGGCAAAUUUGGAAUAUGGGUAUUGGAUAAUAUCACAGAAAGGAAAAGGAAAAGGAAAUAUGCAACUAGGACUGAGAUUUCAAUACAAAAAUAUAUGCAUUUUACUGUAAAA